AUGGGCUCAUGCCAGAGCAGUGAGAACUCGGAAGGUAACGCCAGGAACAAAGAGAUUGAGAAACAGUUGAAUGCGGAUAAAAGAGCUGGAAGUAGUAUUGUCAAACUGUUACUUCUGGGAGCAGGAGAAUGUGGAAAGUCUACUGUACUCAAGCAGAUGCAAAUCCUUCACAGCAACGGAUUCACGGAAGAAGAAGUAAACGAAAAACGAGCGAUUGUCUACAAUAAUACCGUGUCAGCCAUGUGUACUAUAUUGAGAGCUAUGGAUGGUGUACUUCAUUUACCGUUGGAAAAUGGUCAGAAGGAAGCAGAGAAGGCAAUUGUGAUGAAAGUACAAGAGAAUGGAGAAGAAGGAGAAGCUCUCACGGAGGAGGUUUCAAAGGCAAUUCAAUCUUUAUGGGCUGAUCCGGGAGUGAAGAAAGCGUUUGAGAUGCGUAGUGAAUAUCAAUUGCCGGAUUCUGCAAAAUAUUUCCUUGACAAUUGCCAACGUAUAUCUGAGCCGGGAUACCGACCAAACGAUCAGGAUAUUCUCUACUCUCGAGUGGCAACAACUGGUGUCGUAGAAGUGAAAUUCAAAAUUAAGGAACUCGACUUCCGUGUAUUCGAUGUGGGAGGUCAAAGGUCCGAGAGAAGGAAGUGGAUUCAUUGUUUCGAUAAUGUCGAGUCGAUUAUUUUUAUUACUGCCAUUUCUGAAUACGAUCAAGUUUUAUUCGAAGACGAAACAACGAACCGAAUGAUAGAAUCAAUGCAGCUUUUCAACUCUAUUUGUAAUUCAACCUGGUUCCUUUCAACCGCAAUGAUUCUUUUCAUGAAUAAAAAGGAUUUGUUCAUGGAAAAGAUUCAACGAGUCAACAUUACGACUGCGUUCCCAGAUUAUGAGGGCGGUCAGAACUAUGAAGAAGCAGUCAAUUUUAUUAAACAAAAAUUUGCGGAGCUCAAUUUAAAUCCAGACAAAAAGACAAUUUAUAUGCAUGAGACAUGUGCUACAGACACUAAUCAGGUACAACUUGUCAUUUCAAGUGUUAUUGAUACAAUUAUUCAGAAGAAUUUACAAAAGGCCGGAAUGAUGUAA